CCUCACUCCCUCUCCCCUCCUUCAGCCCCUCUCACUCACUCCCUCUCCCUUAUCAGGCAAAAGAGUUUUUACGGAAGAAAAUCGGGAAGGGAGGGUGGUGGUGGUUCGGUGGGGUCGCCUCUGCACGUACAUCCCCUUUGAAACACACACGAAGUGUGAACAUCGUCUAAAUCCGAUGCAGUGAAGAAGUUUGGCUGCAAGGUGUAACAGGAUCAGGAAGUAUUGAAUGCUCAUGCGGCAGGAAUCAUUUCACAUGUGCAGUGAGUGCCUUCGGCGAAUGCACCUGUAUACCUGCCCAGUGGCAAUGUGAUGGGGACAAUGACUGUGGAGACCAUAGUGAUGAAGAUGGCUGCAUGCUGCCGACCUGUUCCCCUCUGGAAUUCCAUUGCGAUAAUGGCAAGUGCAUCCGGCGCUCCUGGGUCUGCGAUGGUGAUAAUGACUGUGGGGAUGAUUCGGAUGAGCAGGACUGUCCACCUCGCGAGUGUGAGGAGGAUGAGUUCCACUGCCAGAAUGGUUAUUGUAUCCGGAGUCUGUGGCAUUGCGAUGGGGACAAUGACUGUGGAGACAACAGUGAUGAACAGUGCGACAUGAGAAAAUGUUCUGACAAAGAAUUUCGCUGCAAUGAUGGUAGUUGCAUUGCCGAGCACUGGUAUUGUGAUGGAGACACAGAUUGCAAAGAUGGUUCUGAUGAAGAAGGCUGUCCUGCUGAUGUUCCUGUCACCAACUGCAGUGUGGAGGAGUUUCAGUGUGCUUAUGGCCGUUGCAUCCUUGACAUAUACCAUUGUGACGGUGAUGAUGAUUGUGGAGACUGGUCUGAUGAAUCAGACUGUGCAUCCCAUCACCCAUGUCGGUCGGGUGAGUUUCUCUGUAACAGCGGACUCUGUAUCAAUGCUGGCUGGAGAUGUGACGGCGAUUUUGACUGCGACGAUCAGUCCGAUGAGAGAAAUUGCACUGCCUCCCAGUGCACUGCAGACCAGUUCCGCUGCAGGUCAGGCCGCUGUGUCCGGUUGUCGUGGCGAUGUGACGGAGAGGACGAUUGCUCCGAUAACAGCGAUGAAGAGGACUGUGAAAAAACAGAGCUCCCACACUGUGCUCCAGAUCAGUUCACAUGUGGUACCGGGCAUUGCAUUGGUCAAAGGAAAGUCUGCAAUGGUGCCAAGGAUUGUCAAGAUGGCAGUGAUGAAAUCCCACUCCAGAACUGCCGUGAACGGUCUGAAGAGGAGAGCUGCAAUGUGAACAAUGGUGGAUGUGCGCACAAGUGUCAGCAGGUUCGAGGCCUUGUACAAUGCACCUGCCACACAGGCUAUCGAUUAAUGGAGAGCGGGAAAUUGUGCCAAGAUAUUGAUGAGUGUGCUAAGGAUGGAUACUGCAGUCAAGGCUGUACCAACCUAGAGGGAGGAUUCCAGUGCUGGUGUGUACAGGGUUAUGAGCUGCGGCCUGAUAAGCGAGGCUGCAAAGCACUUGGACCAGAACCGGUGCUGCUCUUUGCAAAUCGCAUUGAUAUUCGUCAGGUCCUGCCUCGGCGGUCAGAGUACACGCUGCUGCUCAACAAUCUGGAGAAUGCCAUCGCUCUGGACUUCCACCACAGCAAGGAGCUGGUGUUCUGGUCAGAUGUGACCUUAGACCGCAUUAUGAAAGCAAAUCUGAAUGGAAGUAACGUGGAGGAAGUGGUGUCAACAGGUCUUGAGAGUCCAGGUGGGCUGGCCAUUGACUGGAUCCACAACAAGUUGUAUUGGACGGAUUCCGGGACAUCGCGUAUUGAGGUCUCGAACCUUGAUGGAACACAGAGAAAAGUACUUCUGUGGCAAAACCUAGAGAAGCCCCGAGCCAUUGCACUCCAUCCAAUGGAGGGAACCAUCUAUUGGACAGACUGGGGUAAUACUCCUCGGAUAGAAUACGCAGCCAUGGAUGGGUCUAACCGCAAAAUCAUUGCAGAUACCCAUCUCUUCUGGCCCAAUGGGCUCACCAUUGACUAUGCAGGCCAAAAGAUGUACUGGGUAGAUGCCAAGCAUCAUGUGAUUGAACGUGCGGAUCUUGAUGGUCAGAACAGAAAAGCGGUGAUCAGCCAAGGCCUGCCUCACCCUUUUGCCAUCACGGUGUUUGAAGACAGCCUGUACUGGACAGACUGGCACACCAAGAGCAUAAAUAGCGCCAACAAGUUUACUGGGAAAAACCAGGAGAUUAUCCGCAAUAAGCUCCAUUUCCCAAUGGAUAUUCACACACUUCACCCGCAGAGACAGCCAGCAGCAGGGAGAAAUCGCUGUGGGACCAACAACGGGAGAUGUAGCCACCUUUGUCUGCCCAGUGGCACCAACUACACGUGUGCUUGCCCAACUGGCUUCAGAAAAGUUGAUGCAUACAACUGCGCUGCAAGUCUUGACAAGUUCCUGCUUUUUGCUCGAAGGACGGAUAUCCGUCGUAUCAGCUUUGACACCGAGGAGAACUCUGACGUUGUCAUUCCACUGUCUGAUGUGCGCAGUGCUGUCGCACUUGACUGGGACGCCAAAGGGGAGUACAUUUAUUGGACAGAUGUCACUACCGACUCUAUCAACAGGGCUAAGUGGGAUGGAACCAAGCAGGAGGCUGUGACGGACACCAGUCUGGAAAGUCCGGCAGGACUAGCUGUUGACUGGGUGACAAACAAGCUUUACUGGACAGAUGCAGGUACCGACAGAAUUGAGGCCUCUAAUUUAGAUGGCAGCAUGCGCACAGUCCUUAUCUGGGAGAACUUGGACAGGCCCAGGGACAUUGUAGUGGAUCCAAUUGGAGGGUACAUGUACUGGACAGACUGGGGAGCUAAUCCAAAAAUUGAACGUGCAGGGCUGGAUGCCUCUGAGCGGACUGUCAUCAUCUCCUCGAAUCUCACUUGGCCUAAUGGCCUAGCAGUGGACUAUGAGACCGAGAGACUGUAUUGGGCUGAUGCUGGCAUGAAGACAAUUGAGUACGCCAAUCUCAAUGGGACUGAUAGGAGGGUCCUGAUUGGCAGUCAGUUGCCUCACCCUUUUGGCUUGACUCUCCAUGAAGAUGAGAUUUAUUGGACUGACUGGCAAUCAAAGAGUAUUCAGAGUGCAGAUAAGAACACUGGCCUGGGGCGAAUGAUGUUGCGCGAGAACCUGGAAAACCUAAUGGAUAUUCACAUGUUCCAUCGUCAUCGAACACCAGUGGCGACCAUGUGUAGAAUAAACAAUGGUGGCUGCAGUCACCUCUGCCUUCUUGCCCCAUUACCCAAGGCCUACAAUUGCGCAUGCCCCACAGGCAUAAACCUCCUUUCGGACGGCAAAACCUGUGCACCUGGUAUGACUAGCUUCCUCAUAUUUGCGCGGAGAACUGAUAUCCGAAUGGUGUCACUUGAUAUUCCUUACUUUGCUGAUGUGGUGGUGCCUGUCAAUGGGUCAAUGAAAAAUACAAUUGCAAUUGGCGUUGAUCCUAAAGAAGGGAAGGUGUACUGGUCAGACAGCACACUGAAUAAAAUCUGCAGAGCCAACCUGAAUGGGUCACAGCAGGAAGACAUUGUAACAACAGGGUUAAUGACCACGGAUGGACUGGCAGUGGAUGCGACAGGCCGUAAAUUGUACUGGACUGAUACGGGGACAAACCGCAUCGAAGUUGCUAAUUUGGACGGAACAAUGAGGAAGGUUCUGAUCUGGCAGAAUUUGGACAGCCCUAGAGCCAUUGCUCUUCAUCAUGAGAAAGGGUUCAUGUACUGGACAGACUGGGGGGAACAUGCCAAACUGGAACGUGCAGCAAUGGAUGGGUCAGACAGAGUGGUUCUUAUCAAUAGUAAUCUGGGAUGGCCUAAUGGUUUGGCCAUUGACAAAGUAGGCUCCCAGCUCCUGUGGGCUGAUGCACACACUGAGCGUAUUGAGGCAGCAGACCUGAAUGGUGCUAACCGCCACACUCUAAUCACACCAGUCCAACACCCUUAUGGCCUGACUCUGCUUGACCCUCACAUAUACUGGACAGACUGGCAAACUCGAAGCAUCCAACGAGCUGACAAGAAUACGGGUGGUGACAUAAUUACAGUCCGAGGCAACUUGCCAGGAUUAAUGGACAUUCAGGCUAUUGACAGAAUUCGACCUGUUGGUUUUAACAAGUGUAGUGUCAGGAAUGGGGGCUGCAGCCAUCUCUGCCUCCCACGCCCCAGUGGUAUCACCUGCGCAUGUCCAACAGGAAUCCAAAUGAAGAGUGAUGGGAAAACGUGUGACAACAUUCCUGAGACCUACCUGCUCUUCUCCAGCCGUGGCAGCAUCCGUAGAAUCUCUUUGGAUACAACCGAUUACACGGAUGUGCAUGUUCCAGUUCCUGAGUUACAUAACGUCAUUUCCCUGGACUAUGACAGUGUGGAGAUGAAGGUUUAUUAUACAGAUGUCUACCUGGAUGUGAUCAGAAGUGCCAACCUCAAUGGAAGUGGUAUGGUGACAGUCAUUGGCCAGGGCCUAAAAACAACUGAUGGUUUGGCCAUUGACUGGGUAGCAAGGAACCUCUACUGGACAGACACUGGCAGGAAUACCAUUGAAGUGUCCUGGCUUGAUGGAAACUGUCGGAAAGUACUAAUCAACAACAGCCUGGACGAACCGAGAGCAAUUGCCGUAUUCCCUAGAAAAGGGUAUCUCUUCUGGACAGACUGGGGAAAUCUUGCCAAAAUUGAGCGCGCACAGUUGGAUGGCACUGAUCGCAAAGUGCUUAUUAAUACUGAUCUGGGUUGGCCAAAUGGGCUGACCUUGGAUUAUGAUACAAGAAGGAUCUACUGGGUGGACGCUCACUUAGACAGGAUAGAAAGUUGUGAUUUAAAUGGAAAACUGCGUCAAGUUCUGAUUGGCCAAGUUACACAUCCCUUUGCCUUAACGCAGCACGAUCGCUGGAUCUACUGGACAGACUGGCAAACCAAAUCAGUCCAGCGUGUGGACAAGUACACAGGUCGGAACAAAGAAACCAUCCUCGCCAACGUCGAGGGACUGAUGGACAUCAUUGUCGUCUCCCCACAGAGACAAACAGGUACCAACUCAUGUGGUGUCAAUAAUGGAGGAUGCACACAUCUUUGCUUUGCCAGGGCAACAGACUUUGUGUGCAUAUGUCCUGAUGAGCCAGAUGGACGGCUAUGCUCAGUAGUUCCCGGGUAUAUGCCUCCAUAUCCAGAAACCACCAGCUCUAAUGAGAAAGUUGACACAGGGGGCGCGCACAAACCCUUAGAUUCUUUCCCUGAAAAGCCCACGGAUUCUGUGGAGAAUACAAGCGAGAGCUGUUCUCAGAAAGAUGCAACUCAAGGUCUGUGUGACCGGAAUGUAAACCAGGUGUUGCCUGCGAUAACUGGUGAAGGGUUACAUAUAAGUUACAUCGUUGGAGCCAUCCUGUCAAUAUUGGCAAUCCUGAUUCUCAUAGCUGCAGUCAUUAUAUACAGGCAUAAAAAGGCAAAGUUCAACGAUCCUGUUGUGAGCAACCUAACUUACAGCAAUCCAUCAUACCGUACAUCGACACAGGAGGUGAAAAUCGAAACAGUUCAGAAACCUGCUAUAUAUAAUCAGCUUCGAUAUAAAAAAGAGACAGCAACAGAUAAUAGUUACACAAAAGGAAAGAUAAAAAUUGUCGAAGGCAUCUGCUUGCUGUCAAACGAUGACAUGUAUUGGGAUGACUUGAAACAGAUUAAGGUCACGCGAGGAGGAAUUCUUCGAGAUCAUGCCUGCAUGAAGGCAGAAACCCUGUCUAUCCAAGGCAGCACAGACUCACUUGGUGACACAGAGACAGAACAGCUGCUACAGGAUGAACCACUGUCAGAGUGCAGCAGUGUAAAUACAAGCACACAGGAAAGAAGCGGCCUCCCCUUGCCUGAUACUGGCUGGAAGCACCAUCGCAAACCCUCAACUGAAAGUGAGGUUUGAUCGGAAAUAGCUUCCUUUUUUUCCUUUCUCUUAUGUUCUAUUUAAAAUAUGUUUCUAUGGCAACCUCAGACAGUGACUGGGCAUGCUCCAGACAGUGUGGGGGCUCAAAGUCUUUUUUUCCCUGAAAAAAAAACAACACUCAACAACUCAACUGGAAGCUGAGUGGUACUACAGGCUGUCACCAGCUACUCUGGAAAGCAACACAAGUACCUAACAAGACUGGAUAGAAGCCAAGGGAUCAUACUCUCCAAGUGUUUUCAAAAUGUCUGAUACACAACUUUAACAUUUGUUUUCUAAAAUGUGCAUUAAAUAUGUGUCUGGUUAAAGCAUGAAUGUACAGAUGGUUAUCUGUAGCAUGCGUUGGCCUACUUUUCUACUGUGGAGGAUUUUGCUAUUAAAAUGGAUGUAAUUCUGUACGUGGGUCAAAGUAAUCUUUUUGGAAAAGACUUUUCACGCUGUCUGCAGGCCUCUCAUAUCUUGGUCUCUUGAGGAACCGUAUGAAAAUCCUUGUAGUCUCAGGUAAGACUUCUGUACAGAAGGGAGAAUAUUGAAAGGACAUAUUAAAUUAACCCUUUCAUCCUCACUUUGACAUUCGGACACAGUUGAAGUUGUAGCUGUGACCUGAAUCACUGUAUUUUCCUGAUACUUUGAAAGGGGAUAAAGAAAUUGGCAAACAAUUGUACAGAACAAGCAGCAUUUGCCCUCUAAUUAUCUGUCUAAGCACUGAUUUACAAUUAGGAUUCUAAUUUUGUACUUUGUUUAAUUUGCUGCCAUCAGUGAUUAUUAACAAUACUAACUCAAACUACCAACAGUUAGCCUGCUUUGUAACCACAAUGUACAUUUAGAUGAGGUGUGUAUUAGGCCUGAGCAAAUUAGUUACAUUAGUUUAUAAAUAUAGUACAAAUCACCUAUUCUACAGGCAAAUGUGUUGGAUGCAAAUGUGGGCGAGAAUUCAACAUUUUAUAUCAGACCUGAAGAUGAAUCACAGUGUUAUUUUGUGUUAUUAAGUGGCAACUCAGAGCAACUUAUGGUGAAUAGGAGUGAAGUUAUCAGUGGGGAGCAGACCACAUUACUAUAAGUAACUGAAGUGAGAGGUUACCAAUUGGAAUUUACAUUGAAUUUCAGUGAAAAGAACUCUGUUGAGUAUAUUGGGGGAGAAAAUGAAAAUCAAAUCAACUAAAAUUCAAGAAUCAAACAACAACUAAGUUAGACAUGUUCAGUUAUAAUAACGGAUGAGAUUGUUUCUACCUGUUUCUACUACAUUUAAUAGUGAUGCUCAGUAACUUGAAUUUAGACUUUUAAAGGAGUAGGAAUUGCUAAGUGGUGCACCAUAAGUACAAAGUAGUUCCCAUAAAGGUUCUUCAAUUUAAGAAUAAAAUGUAUCUCAUAGGAGUUACCAUUAGUGACUAAUUUUCCCUCCCAUGAAGACUUACCCCUGUCAAGUGUGCCCCCUGUCAAGUAUGCUCUUUACUUAAGGCCCCUUCAAAAACUUGUCACAAGGGCAAUCUUAUGUUUAAUAAAUAAAAACAAAAAACUGCGGAUGCUGGAAAUCCAAAACAAAAACAGAAUUACCCUGAAUAUCCAUUUACUUGCAUGGAAGUCAGUAAUUCAAAAUGGUUGAGAUCAGUUUGGAAGCCCCUGAAUAUACAAAACAUGCGUAAAUCAAGAAAUAGUCCACUAAAUCAAAGCUGUUCCACCAGGUAGGAGACAUGUUCUGUAUUAGUUUUCUUAAAAUCACUCGCAUAUGUUUCACUGGAAGAGUUCCUUGUCACCUUUGCCUUUUUUAAGUGUAGGGCACAAUGCUAUUAGAACUGUAAAGUGAGAUUAUCUUGGGCACUUCCAGCCUAGUAGACAGAUCAUCACUUGUAUAAUUUAGCAGAAAAUUAGGAGGUAAAAUUUCACAGACGUUAACUCAGACCUGCCAGCAGCAGUGAAAUAGACAAUAGGCUAUUGGAACCACCUAAUUUCCACCGAGCAUUUUGCUGCUGCCCGAUUGCCUGCUGUGUUACAAAUUAUUGUUACUUUGAAUAAGAGAGCAGAAAACAUCUUUGCUUCCUUAAAUUUCCAGCAACAACAAUCGAGUGACAUUCCCCAUCUAGCUGCAUAUGUAGAAUAUUAAAUUGAUCUCCCUAAUUCAAGUCGCUUUUUUUCCAAUCAAAAGAUUAUGGUUUAAUGACUAUGUAAGUAUUUUGUGAUGCUACCAGUAUCAUCUGGAUAAUAAUGACCUAUUUAUCCUGUGCCCAAUCCUUGCUUCAUAAAGAAUCUGAAAGGACGAGAGAUUCAAUUUACUUCCAAUUUCAUCAAUACCUCAGCAUUUCAGCUGUUCAUUUUUCCCCCUCUAAUUCCUGUAACACUUUUCAGAGCACCACAUUUAUUUGCUAUUCCACAACGUUUUCAUCUCUAUUCCACUAGCAUUGUUACAUUGUCUUUGUAACAAACUUUGAAAGGUCAACUGCUUCAUUAGUAUGCUGUUUGCAUGCUUAUUUUGAUUGCUGCUUUUACAGUGACGCUUGCUAUCAAACAAGGAAGGAAAAUUGUAUCAUGGUCAAUUGGAGUAACUAAAUUGAUUGAAAAUUGAGUUACUGCCAGGUUUGCCAUUUCCACCAGGUGAUGGAACAAUUUGUUGUUGAUAAAAAUCCUGCUUGUUCUCUUUCCUUCCUAAUAUUGAAUCAGUUUUUUUUUGCCAACAAGUGGUCAGUGCUGGAAAUAGAGCCAAGACUUGAGGGUGUUUUGUUGCAAAUCACACUGCUUGGUUUAUUUGCUUACAAAUGCAUUCUUUGACCAAAUGACUAACUUUUAACCUUUUGAGUGCCUGCCGCUUAAACCUCAAAGUCUGAUAUGGUGCUAUUUUAUCCAGACCACAAGUUUGGGCCAUUGUUCUUGAUUGUCUACGCAUUUAAACUUGCAUUUUAAACAUAAUAACUGGAUUAUUAAUCGAACAAAGCAACUUUCUAUGAUAUAAUUAUGACAAAAGACUUUAAAUAUGUAAAUAUGUGAUAAAGCUCCAGAAUUGUAAAAAAAAGACAUAAAUUGGGAUGCACCUGAAAAUGAUUUAGAUUUUAUUCAUGGUUAAAUAAAGAAUGACUCAAAAGCUUGUCAGAUUCUUUUUAUCGUUACCAAUGAGCAGAAUACCAGGAUAAUGAAUAUAAUUACUUUUGUGAGGAAGUAAUGCACCAGGCUUUUUAACCCUUUGAGCACUAUGUUAUCAUUUUAUAGUAUAUAUAUAUAUAUAUAUUAUAUAUAUAUAGAUAGAUAGAGGCUGUAUGUCACCAUCCUCUUUUGUAAUAUUCAAUUUUCUAACUUCGUGGACUCAAGAUUGUUAAAUAAUGUCACAAAAGCUUUGUUGUGUGGUGUGCAGUUUACUCACAAUCCAGAGUUACUUAAUACAAAUUAUUCUGAUUCUGUUUUUUGGCAUUAUGCUCCCACUUUGUUGUGUUACUUACAUUGCUUAAUUCAAGUUUUUUUCACCAAUUGUUUAAUGCAAAAAUUACUUUUAAAUUAUCAGGAGGAGACUGUACUAGGGAAUUUCAGUACUCAAUGGGUUAAAAUACUCAGGUAGUAAACUAACUGUGGCAAUAAUUGAUAAGUUGGUCAGUUUAGGAUAAUAAAUGGCACAAUCCUAGGUAACUUACAGAUUAUAAUGUAUAGAUUUUUGAUUUUAAAAGGUAACAACCAGCUUUAUGGUCCAUAUUACCUAGCAUUUUAACUAAGCACAGCAUUAUUUUCUUUGUGGAGAAAACUAGGUACUUCCAUUGCACUCACAGGAAUACCUUGUAUUCUACUUUGUCAACUUAGAAAAUACUAUAAAAACAUAAAGGAUUUUAAAUGGUUUUGAAUAUUAUGUUACAUCUAAUAGAAGGGAAAGCAGAAUAAUUAGACUGAAACAUACAUAUUGCAUUUGGACAUCAGUCGUGCAUUUGUCUUCCAAUUGUGUUUUAAUAUAUUAUUGUUGAGAGGCUGCUUAACUAAUUUGGGUCUUUGUAAUUAUCCCAAAUUAAAAUCUGUAAUAUUUAAGACAGUCUUGAAACUGCUAACUUUGCUCAGAUAGGAAGUGUUUACAGAACAAUU